AUAACACGUUGAACAUUGUGAAAGGUGAACGUUGUGUCAAUUCAAAAUUAAAUUAUAUCAACGUUAAUUUAAAAGCUUCAUAAAAACAAUCAAUAUAUUUUAAAAUUUAAAAAAAAAUUUAAAAAACUCAUCAAUCUAAUUAUUUUCAUGUUAAAAAAAAAAAAUAAUAGUUUAAAUUUAAAAUGAUUAAUCAUUGUAAUAAUUGAGUUAAAAAAUUUUGAAAUUGAAAUUUUUUAUUUUUGUGAUAAUAAUUAAUUUAAUUUAAUAUGGAAAGUCAAAAUAAUAAUACAACAAUGUCAUCAUCAAUUGAUAAAAUUGAAUCACCAACAAAUAAAAAUAUAAUUGAAGAUAAAAAUUUACAAGAUGCUGUUGGAAAACUUCUUCAAGGCUAUGAUUGGACUUUACUUCCAAUAACUUCAAAAGCUGGAGGACGUAAAAGUACACAUGUUAAAAGACCAAUGAAUGCAUUUAUGGUAUGGGCACAAGCAGCAAGAAGACGUUUGGCUGAUCAAUAUCCUCAACUUCACAACGCUGAAUUAUCAAAAACACUUGGUAAAUUAUGGAGAUUUCUUAGUGAUACGGAAAAACAGCCAUUUAUUGAAGAAGCUGAGAGACUUAGAAAUGCACAUAAAAAACAGCAUCCUCAUUAUAAGUAUCAACCACGAAGAAGAAAGCCAAAAAUUGAUGAUCAUACACAGCAUCAUCAUCAUCAUCAAAUGGUGACAAGUGUUUUGGCUCAACGUAACACUCAUAAUCAUCAUCAUCAUCAUCAGUCAUCAUCAUCAACAACAGCAGCAGCAACAUCAUCAAUUCAACAAUCUGAAGCUGAAUGUGUUUAUCAAUAUUAUACAAAUCAAAAACAAUCAUUUGAAUCAUGCUCAGAAGCAUCAGAUAAAUCCAUUGAUCCAACAAAAUCAUACCAUGAAUCAUUUAAAUAUCCUGAUUAUCAAAUUCGUAAAUACGAAUCAUUUCCAACGUAUGACAUGUCAUCAACAAAAAAUAUACAAAAAGAUACAUUAAAUUUAACAAAUAAAAAUAUUGAUAUACAUCCAAAAUAUAUCAAUAAAAAUGAUAUUAAUUAUGAUUAUCAAAAUACUUAUAAAUCAUACUCACAAUUGCAGUAUUAUUCAUCAUCAAAUACAUACUCUAGUCAUCAAGAUGUUAUUAAUAAUUAUAAUCGUAAUCAACGUAUAACAUCAGUGCCUUUACCAUCAUCAUCAUCCUCGUCAUCAUCAUCAUCAUCAGCAUUUUAUCCAUGUAUUGUAGCUCCAAUAACACCAACACCAUCAACACCAUCAAUGCCACAAUCUUCUUCUUCUUACAUAACAAUUAAUCCACAUUAAAAAAUAACAAAAAAGUAAUUAAUACAUAAAUUAUUAUAUUGACAAUAAUAAUAUCAUUUUAUUUAAUUAUUCAUAUGUACAAUUAAUUAAUAAACAUUUUUUUUUUGUAUAGUUGAUAUAUCAUUAAAGAUAAAAAUAAAUAAAAAAAAUUAACUACUUAAAAAUUUAAUAUUGUAUCUAUAAU